AUGGCUUCAAUCACCCGCUUCUGCCCCCGAAGGGUCCUGACUACUUCCAUUAAACACACCCCUCAAUCCCUCCGCCCACUCACAACCGCAUCUGUCCGCGCAACCCGACCAACAACCACACAACCAAGCCAGCACCGCUCACUACCUCGCAAAUACCAAUCCCACCAGCCAAGAAGGCCCUACCACUCAACCCUCCACCCCGCCCUCCCAGUCCACGAAUACACCAACAGCCAAAUCGCCAUCCUCGAGGCAAGCCUCGCCCACGCCCCAGUCCACGGAUUCACCCACACAUCUCUCCUCCUCGGUGCCCGCGACGCAGGCUUUCUCGACGUGAGCGUCCAGCUCCUCCCCCACGAAGAAUACGACCUCAUCCUCUUCUGGCUAGCCAGUCGGCGCGGACUCCUCCGCGCAGCGGUCGAGAGCGGAGACAUCCAAUUCACCGCGGGGCAAGAUGUCCAAUCCAAGAUCAAAACUCUUAUCCUAGAGAGACUGAAGAUGAACGAGGAAAUCCGAGCACAGUGGCAAGAUGCCCUUGCUCAAAUGUCUCUCCUCGGAAAUAUUCCUCUCGCUCUUACGGAGUUACACGCUCUCUCAAACGAUAUCCUUAACCUGGCUGGUGAUACCUCUGUCGAUGCGAGCUGGUAUACGCGCCGUGCGGCUGUGGCUGCUGUCUAUGCUAGUGCGGAAGUGGUGAUGACUCGCGACACAACACUGGAUAUGAGUGAGACGGAGAGAUUUAUUGAGCGCCGGUUUGAGGAUAGGGAUUAUUUGGCGAAGAAGGUUGAGGUGCUGGGGCAGGGUGUGUCGUUUUUGGGAAAUACGGCUCUUGGAGUAGUUCGGAGUUAUGGGUUGAAGAUCUGA